UGGCAACAACAGGUAUAUUUCGCUAAUGCUGGUAGUUUUAUAUGACUCUAUGUAAGUAAAAGAGGUGUGAUUAUUUUAGAAAUUGGUGUUCAUGGCACCGCUCGGCCCGCUUCGCCUGGAUCGAGACGAGUCACGUUAAUGCAUCAGAGUCUGACAGCCGUCCUCACAACUUUAAAAGAAGUCUCCAGUACUAAAACAGAAACUUGUCGACUGCUUUGAGUUGCUGCUUUUAGAGACGCUGUCAGGGAGGACGGCCACCCUUCCUACAUCAUGACCACUCGCGGGACCGGCAGGGCCAAUGGAAGCCUACCGCAGACCAAGAUCUGCCAGUUCAAAUUGGUGCUGCUGGGAGACAUGGCUGUCGGCAAGUCCAGCCUGGUGCUGCGCUUUGUUAAGGGCCAGUUUGAUGAGUUUCAGGAGACCACCAUUGGAGCUGCGUUCUUGGCACAGUCUGUUUGUCUGGAUGACACUACAGUGAAGUUUGAGAUUUGGGACACGGCUGGACAGGAGCGCUACCACAGCUUGGCCCCCAUGUACUACCGUGGAGCCCAGGCGGCUAUUGUAGUUUUUGACAUCACCAAGCCUGAAACAUUUGAGCGAGCGAAGGCUUGGGUGAAAGAGCUGCAGCGGCAGGCCAGUCCCAACAUCGUCAUUGCUCUCGCAGGAAACAAGGCUGACCUAGCGGACAAGAGACUCGUGGAGUAUGAGGAAGCCCAGACAUAUGCAGAAGACACAGGCUUGCUUUUCAUGGAAACCUCUGCCAAGACUGCAAUGAAUGUAAACGAGUUGUUCCUGGCCAUUGCAAAAAAGAUGCCAAAAACAGACACCCAAAACCCCACGCAUGCUGCCCGACACAGGGGGGUAAACCUGCAGGACCCAGAUGCACAGUCCACUCGAAGCUGCUGUGGGAACUAAAGGCCUGUCAACACUCCAUCACGGGAGACCACCGACACCUUCUCCUUCCCAAAAUCCCACCCUUCACCCUUUCACCUCCUAAGACGGAUACGGAAAGAAAUAGAAAGAGAGAGGAAUAACAGAAAGAGAUUGAGGAGAAAAUCCCUCAGUGAUGCCACGAAGAGAUUUUUCAAGGAAGACUUCUGAUGGACAGGGCAGAAAGCGAACGGACGAUGGACUCUGUCAUAUCUGGCAGUAAAUAUGGAUUCUGUAUUAUUUUUAAGUCAACAAUAAUUUUAGCCUCUGUUCAUUUUCAUUAUGCAAGCACCAGGGUGUCACCCAAAGAGAAAAGAGAAACAGGAACACAGAAGAAUCAGAAUGAACAGAAGAAUUAUUUCAUCGACAAAUCCCGUUCUCAGUCCUGGAAUGAACCGAGAUAGUCCAUAAUGCCCCCUCAAAACAGCUAGAAGUCUUCAAGCAUCCAUAUGUUAUCCGUAAGAGUAUCCGUAUGCUCUGGGCUCUCCCAACUCUAACACUGGAAGGACGUCAGCACCUUAACCUAAACUAACCCUUGCGAUUGUUCAACCAUGAGCCACAUCUACUAAAUUUUUAAACUACAAAAGGAACACUGAAGCAGAAGUUUUUCUUUCACCCUGAGCUUGUUUUUUCAGCCUCCAGCUUUAUUUAUUACCUUUGUUUGAACUGGUCUCCCUUACGUAACUCGUCAUUCAUCUUAGACCCAGAAAAAAUUGAAGAACAUCAAUGUUGUCUUCCCUAUCCCAUUUCCUUCUCCUGACCACAUUGACCUUGAAGUUCAGUGUUGAAGUUAACGAAACAACAGCAAGCUCUACGAUGCCUUCUCUACGUUCUGGUCGCUUUGUGUAAACUACUGUUUGAGAAACAAUCGACAAAUCAUUUACAGCAUAUUGGCAGCAACCAGAUGACUGAUCGUAAACCAUUUCGCUUCACAAGUAAUCGCAGAAUAACGCACAUUGAUUCGUCUGGAAAAGGAAGUCAUGCAAUACCAGGCCAAUGUCUCAGUAUGUGUUAUUAAAAAGCAACAAAAAUAUUCAAGCACCCGCAAAUCAACAAUGUGAAUGGUUGCAAAAUCAAUGUUGUGCGAUACAUCAGGACGGCAAAUAGCAGCAAGGGAAUUUUUGGCCCACAAAGCCCCUGAAAAAGUGGAAAAAAACAGAAGUGCCUACUCCGUUUUUUCCGUGUUCUUUGUUUUGGGCUUGUUUGAGGUCAUUAGACCGCCGAAAAGUAGCGUUUCGAGAUGUUGGCCCGAAGUGUACAGGCAAUAACCUGUACGCAUAAUUGGUUGAUCGUGUUAGUAACAGUCAUUUAUGAGGUUUUGUUUUAUGGAUGCUGUUUGUUGAUGUGUAUAAAAAUGAGUUUUAUUUAAAAUUGAUUUUAGUCAGUAAUGUAACGGGUUACCAAUACAUUUUUAUGGUCAUUUAGGGAAUGAAUUAGGUAUCAUGAUAUGCUGUCACACAGCUAGAAGUCAUUUGUCAUGUGUCUUCAGGUCCACCUUUUUUGUGGAAUAGAUCUGAUCUCCUGUUAACACCUCUGUGAACUGAAAUGUUAAAUAAAGCUGUGCUGUUCUGCUAUGAAUGAAA